AUGUCAACAACUAAUGAAAGACAGCAGUCUGUUGAAAAUGAUGAGCUUUUAUUGGAAAGGCCGAAUCCAGAUUUGUCUCCCGAAGUAUUUUAUGCAGAUCAAGCUGACGAUGGUGGAAAUGAGGAAGCAGGAGACGACGACAAUUACGAAUGGGGAGGAGGGGAAAGAGGGGGAGGCGAAGAAGAAGAAGAAGGAGGGGGUGAUGGUGAGGGGGAGCCUGGAGAAGAUGAGGAGGAUGAUGAUGAUGAUGAAACGGAAAUCGACUAUGAUAUACCAUUUGCCAGAUUUUUGUGCUGUUAUUUUUUCCCACGGAGACCCCCGAAAAAUACCAGCGAUAAGGAGGUGGUGAUGACGGAGAACCGUCGUCCAGAACAGGAGGCCAAGGCCGCAAGAAUGGCUAAAUUACUCUACUUCAAGGACGAUAUCGAAGCGGAAAGUCGCAGAGCCAAGAUUCAGAUGGAUUUGGUGGAUUUACAAAGGCCAUCAGUACCACUGAGUUUUAGGCUCUACGACUUCGCAAAGCCGGCCUCUGAGGAGUUCACUUUCAAUUGCUUGCGACAAGAGGCACGGCUUGCACUUUGCUCCACUCUUGAAGGUUUUCAGGAGUAA